AUGCCCAAAGAGAAAAAGGCUCUCAAAUCCAACACUGCCACUGCUGGUCGGACACAAGGUAUUCAAUUCCAGAAAAGUUUUGGUCAGCACAUUCUCAUCAAUCCGGGAGUCAUUGAUCACGUGAUUGAGAAAGCAUGUAUACAGCCAACGGAUAUUGUAUUGGAAAUUGGUCCGGGUACGGGUAACAUGACAGUCAAAUUGUUGCAAAAGGCUAAAAAGGUGAUUGCAAUUGAAGUUGAUCCGAGAAUGGUUGUAGAGUUGAAGAAGCGUGUUCAAGGAACGAGUUUAGAAUCUAAACUUGAAAUUAUACAUAAGGAUGCGCUGAAAGUGGAAUUACCCUAUUUUGAUUUGUGUAUUGCUAACUUGCCUUAUCAAAUUUCCAGUCCAAUUACUUUUAAAUUAUUGGCUCACCAACCAUCAUUCAGAGUUGCAUAUCUCAUGUAUCAACGUGAAUUCGCUCAAAGAUUAGUCGCUAAACCAGGAGAUAAUUUAUACUGUCGAUUGUCUGUUAAUUGUCAAUUAUUGGCACGGUGUGACCACGUUGUUAAAGUGAGUAAGAAUAGUUUUAGACCUCCACCAAAAGUUGAGAGCAGCAUUGUGAGAAUUGAGCCAAAAAAUCCACCACCACCAAUUAACUUUUUGGAAUGGGAUGGUCUGGCUCGUAUUCUUUUCCAAAGAAGAAACAAACAAUUAGGAUCAGUAUUUAAAAACAAAAAGUUACUGAAAUUGUUAGGAGAAAAUUAUAAACGAGUGAUCACAAUGAAAGAGAGUGGCCAAUCAGCCUCAAGUGGAAGUAAUUUGAAUGCACAAAUUUUGUCGGCAACUGAAAAUAUGGUAGAUGACGAUGGUGAAAAUAAUAAUGAAGACAUGAAUGACGAUGAAGAAGUGGAUACAAAAAAGAAAACCAAAAUGAAUGAAUAUGAACAGAAAGUGAAAGACAUUAUUGCUGAAACCUUAGAAGAACUAAAAAUGACUGAAAAAAGACCCUGCAAAAUGGAUCAAGACGACAUUUUGACACUUCUAACUCGAUUGAACGAACAAGAUGUUCACUUUUCAUCUUAG